CCAUCACACCGUGCUGCCCAUCGAAAAUUGCGGCAAACUCGCAUUUGUUGCUAGAGCACUUGGCUAGAGUUGAGCGCGAGCGCAAUACGGUGAAAGGAAUAUUGCGUUUGUUUGCUGGUUGUAUGGAACCAGUGAACACAGCGUAACUUGGAUGAACAAAGAAUUCUGCUAGCGCUGCGUCACAGAACACCUAUGCUGCGUGAUGUGGCGGUAUAGCGGCGGCAGCCCGAUCACCAUCACCAUCAUCAACAGGAGCAGUUUCAAUCGUCGACAGAGAUCCGCCUGUGGCUGCCGCAGAUUCAGAAGGAAAUUGAAGUCUGCCUUCAGCGAUCUCAGGUGACAGUGUUUGGCCCACACAAUCAUCAACCGUGAAAACCAUCCAAUGCUCAGAGGAGCCCAAAGGGUCUGAUGACGAGGCGAGCCACUCUUCUUCGCUGCUGAGCGAUGUCUCCUGUGAGAGCAUGUGCAGCCAGCUGGUGUCCAUUUGUAGCAGCUUUGAAGCUGAGUCAUGCAGCGACUGAAGAGCCGCAACAGGAGAAGACACUGUGACUGAAAGCACCGCGGAUCCGGGCCGGCGCACUUUGGUACUCGUGUUGGCAUCAUUCUUUCAUCGAAAAGAGAGGCACAACGAAAGAUUGCGCUGUUGACGUCACCGGCUGCCACAGCGACGCUACUCGGACACGGCCAACGAAUUUUCUACGAGGGGCGUGAACCAUCAUUUGGCAGCAGCGGCACGACCAGCGAGCACACGCCUAAGAUUUCGCUUCAUAUUUUUCAGCAUCUACUGGACAUGCUGGUGCAAGUCGAGCAUGCCAAGAAGAAAAAGAUGUUGGUUGUUUGACAGCUUCAGUUUCAGAACACUGGUGUUCUAAACUGGUGCUGCUGUGGUGAUCGCACCUGCAAUCACUGAUAGAGUGGGAUUGAUACUGAGUCAAUGCGUAUUGUGUACAUACUUCAAGACUUUGUGGUUUACAGUAAUGUGUGCCCUUCAGUGCUCUACGAAAACUUCCUUCUAUGGUAAAAAUCGUAAGCGAAGCCCUCUAGUGGAGAAAGUCAAACAGGAAUCGAAAAAGUUUUGCAGGGAUCCUGUCAGAGUGAAUCUGCACAAAAGCCUCAUCGGGCGAACUCGUGUCUGGAGAUUGUUUCCCACGCAAGCUGAAGCUCUUGCAGUUGCCCGCACCCUAGACGACGACAUCAGAGUCUUCUCUUAUGAACUUCGAGAGAGCGAUGGGGGGAAGCGUGCUUUCAUUGUGACCCACCCACUUGAUCUUUGGAAUGUGCUGCAGAUGCGCAAGCCUUCCGAUCGCUGCAUGUACGAAUUGAUUGCGGAGGAUGCACCCUGCAAGCUUUACUUUGAUCUCGAGUUUGAACGGAAGCUCAAUCCAACCAGAGACGGUGUCACUAUGGUGAAGCACUUCAUCGACGUUGUGUGCGGCGAGUGGGUUGAUCUCUUCGGCGACCACUGCAGUCGGGAAGACGUCCUCUGGCUCGAUUCCAGCACUACGAAGAAGUUCAGCUGCCAUUUGAUUUUUCCAAGAAUGCGCAUGUUUCUGAACAACCGUGAAGCGGGUGCCUUCGUUCGCCUGCUGUGUGAGAAAAUGAAACGCCCCGCGACGACAAUGGCAAAGUCUGCCUUGGCUGCUUCUGAGGCUUCCCGGGCAAGCCCGUUGGUGCUCAAUAAAAGUGGCAAGGAAGUGCUCUUCUGCGAUGAAGCAGUUUACACACGCAAUCGCAACUUCCGUCUGUUCCAGUGCACAAAACUCAACAAGAACACCCCGUUGGUGCUCUCCAAGAAUGACUGCUACGUCCGCUCCUUAGGGAGAUUCCCUGAAGACAGGGAUAUAUUCCUGGACAGUCUUAUUACGUGGCCUCAUCAGCAGACUAGCAGACAUCUGCUGCAACUUUCCGCAGGCUGUGGUCCAGUGAAGCGGAAUAAUGGCUUGCUGGCAUCUGUGGCUGAAAAUAGCCAAGGCCUCAAGUCAAUGAACUCGCCGUAUCCAGAUAUAGAUGAGUUUAUUCGAGGCAUCAUCAGUCCACGUGGGACAAUCCGACAAGUGUCUCACUUUGCGGAAACUGACACAUUGGUGUACGAUGUGCUAGGCUACCGGUUUUGUGAGAACAUUGGCCGCGAGCACCGCAGCAAUGGUAUCAUGUACGUGGUUGACGUCAAUGUUGGUAGCUUCUACCAGAAGUGUUAUGAUCCUGACUGCAGAGCCAUGUCGUUCCGCUCGGUCCCUCGACCCCUUCCACCCGAGUGCCUGCCGUCUUUCUGGCUCAAGCAGAUCCCUGAUGAAAUGCUGGUCUAAAUGAAUCUUCUUCGCUGUUUAUAGUUUUAUUUGUUCACUGCAGUUUCUUUUUUUUGAAAGCUAUGUAGAAUAUGUGUCUCUGAAAUCAUCCGGUGUUAACAUGCAUUGCCUUUAAAAAACCGCCCUGUAGAUAAUCAUGCAAGUGUCUAGCAUUAUUUGAAAGCAACCUAUAUUUCAGCAUAAUUGAGGACAAACUGUUGCACUGUAUCUAUAGCUUUAGUGCUUUCUUCGGAAAGUGCAUAGAUAUUUGUAUAUAAAUCUUUUGUAUUGACAUUGACUGUCCUUCAAAUAGGGGAAGAACCAAAUACUACCAAAUGUGACAGCAGUGUUGUGCUGGUAACAAUGUACGAGUGUUCCAGGGAAAUGGUUCGUGCUUUUAUACACUGGAAUUUUGACCUUGGCAACAUGUAGCUGGUAUAAUAAAUUGCUAAUCUUUCUUAGUCGUCCAAGUAUUCCAGAGCGUUCCACACUUGCCGUCAUGGCUACCAGCGGCACUGAUUGACACUCGCAGGUUUAAAAUGCGCAUAUAUACCCUAUAAAGUGGUUAGUAAGACGACUGCCGUGGUAGCUUAGUGGUAGAGCAUCAGGCAAAUCAUUCCGAAAUCUCAAAUUCAUUUUUUGCUAUUGUGAAACUUUCAGUUCUUCCUCGUACUCCCACCCUGUAGGAAAUUCCCGGCAUGGCAGUGCAAUGCAUGAUAAAAAUGAGUUUAAUCUUUCUCUCUCUCUCUCUUUUGCAUGGCUGAGCAAUGCCUAAUAAAAAUUAGGUCAACCUUUCUCUCUA